AUGUCGGCUCUCCGCCCGGUUCCUACCGCUCAGCAGCAUAGACGAGAAGUGCAAUGGCUGUCCUACAAGUUCAGUCGUUAUCGGGAAGAUGGAACCAACCCCAAAAGAGGCCCGACUGUCGGAGAGCAUCGGCAUCUAACAUUGCCGGUGCCAAAAGAAGAUCUCCAUAAGGUGAACGCGGCAGAAGGACCAAUCCAGUGGAAGCCUUAUGUUCGUUCCAAGCCUUAUAAGGUGCCAGAUCUCGACAACAUCCUAGUCCACGAUGUCAAGAGACGAUCCCGGCCCGUAUUCCAAAGGCUACAAGACGUGCACACUUGGUUCACUGGCCCUGGUACCCACUACCAAAAGGUACUCGGCUGGGGCUCGUCUAACCUUGCUCUUCACUACAAGUAUGGCAACGCCGACGACGCUAGAGACUUUGUUCUGAAAGUCGGGCUUCAUGAUCCCACCGAUGAUUUUCGUAUACGCCGAGAAGAGGGGAUGCUACGCAAGAUACGACGUUCUCACCACAUUGUACAGAGCAUUUCUCGACAGCAGAUUAGCAAGCAACCUAGAAGAAACCCAUCAAGUAUUGUCUUAAGGAGCUAUGCUAUAAUUGACGAUUCCGAGCGCGACCGCUCCAGUGAUGAUGAAAGCGUCAGUGGUGAAAGUGGGCCGGCUCCCAAGAGGAGAAGGACAACGUUUACGGUCGAGAAGCGAGCCCGGAAGGAUGACAGAAUACGGAUAGCUUACACCACCGGCGGCCAGACACGUUUUAUUCGGGAAUCUGGUUAUCAUGACGAACAGAAUCCAGAUGUAUCAGAGCAUCGAGACUUUCUACUGCUAGAGUACAUGGAGAAUGGUAGCCUUGCAGCUUUCAUCUGGAAGCUGAACGAGCAAAACAAGAAGUGUCCCAACCGUGUGCUGUGGUCCUUUUGGGCUUGUCGUAAAUUCUUCGCUUGGGCUGCAGCCAAGUGA